CGAACAGCGUCAACCUCAACCAACACCAACAGUCAAGUCAACCAAACCAACAUCACUCAACAUCAGGUUUUCACUUGAAACGUUGCAUCUUACAUUUAAUUUCAUGUUCUCAUUCUCAAUUAUUUAGUGAGUGUAAGUCAAGUCAACUUAGUUAACCAUUGUGGGGUAAAGCUUUAAAACAUACCUUUUGAUAUUCGGUGGUAUUAAAUGUAUAUUUUAGUUGUAUGAAUCGCUAAACUAUGUCUGGAAUAUUCCGUGGAGAAAGAAGCAAUGAUCCAGAGAGUCAUUAUCAUCAACGAUUUAAUGAAUUAGUUUCAAAGAACCACAACAGAAGUGUUGCUCCUUCAACCAUAGGAAGCUUGUGUGAAUCAUCCAUCAGUGGAAAGUAUUUUGACAGCAAUCAAGGUCAAAUUAACAAUGGAACCCUUAGUACAAAUCAGUUUUAUAAAAAUAACUCAAACCAAAACCGAGAAAACUGUUUAAGCCAACCUCUGAUUGAGAGUUCCUCCACAUAUACUGGUGUAUCCGAUGCAUCACUGUUUAAAAAACCUCUGCUUCCCAAAAGGUUUAAUUGUAGUCCACGUGUCAAGAGGAGAUUAGAUAUUUUUACAGAUGCUCUUUGUUCGAUCGAGGAUAAGCAAACACUUAAGUUUUCGAUGACAGUAAUGGAAGUUCUUGUAGAUGCUGUGAAGAAUCCACCAUAUGCACCACCAGUGAAUCCUGUACAACUAAUAGAUCAUAUGGCAAAUCUACUGAAAGAGGAAUACUUUUCCAAGCGAGUUCCUAAGUCGAUAUGUGGAUCUUCGGUUGUAUCAGAGCGAUCUGUAGAAGAAUUUUCAGAUCCAAGAGUUGUGCUCAAAGACAUAACCCAAGAUUCAGUGGUGAAAUCUCAAAGGACCAAUCUCACUCAACAAUUGGAUUAUUCAACUAUGAACAAAACAACAACCAGACCACUUGCUUAUGGCCAGCAAGAGAUGUCUAUGAGAAGCGAACUUGGAAGCCAAAAGAGUGUUCUUUCAUCCAGCCGAAACCUGCUAGAUAAAUUGACUGAAGGAACUUUGACUGCAAAUAUUAAUUUCUUAAAUGAUAGUGAGAUAGCUCGUAGGAGAGAUGAAGCAGCUGUGAGCGAAGAAAGCACAGUUGUAGUCAUACCUAGGGGACGUAAUAAAGUAUUUCCUAAAGCAACUCCUAGACCUACAAGUCAAUCAAAUAAAACUACCAAACCUCCACCUACAGCUACCAGGAGACCUGGAAAUGCACAGUCUAAAGUAGCAGCUCCUGCCUCUAAAGAUUGUACCUUAAAUCAGGGACAGAAGGAUGCUUCCAUGCUGAAUGGAACAGUCACUGCCUUCUCUCGUCACGGGCGGACUUUAAAACCUCCUGUCAAAUUUUGGAAUUAUAAAGGUGAAGACUUAUCCAAUGGAGAAGAGAUUUCAGAGUCAGUUUUCAAUGAAUCAAUGACUCUUCGUAACAAAAAAGUUGUUGAAAAGAAAAAAACACCACCCGCUAGAGGAAAAAAAACAAACACGCCAAUUGAAUCAGAGAAAAAAUCAAGCUCAUCAAAAGACAAACCCAAGAAGAAAAAUGAAGUUACAAAACAGAAAAAAGAAAAUAUUGUUAAGGGACCUGCUACAAAAAGGAAGUCAAAAGAAUUAAAUGUGCAAACGAACAAGAAGAAAAAGAUGGAAAAUAAAGAUCCAGAUUCUUAUGAGGAAGAAUAUGACAUAUUUGGUGUGAAUUAUAAGAAACCAACACACAACAACUUAAAGUUGGCUCUUUCACCUAGUGCCGCAUUGCUAAGUGCCAAGAAAGCUGCAGGAGAUGCCCAAGGAAAAGCUACACCCCCUUGCAAGGCCAUCGGUGAUAUGAUGGCAAAUGAGAGCAUGCAGUCCACCAUGAGUGCCGCCAAAGCGGCUCCUAAACAGAACGAAGCUAUUAAGCGUCUUGUAAAAAAAAUGGAAAAAGACCAAAAGAAACCAACCUCACAAGUAAGCGCUAAACAACAGAUUAAGAAGAGAACUAAGGAAGAUUCUCAAAUGAAAAAUAUUAUGGAAGCAGCCAAAAAUUCAUAUUCAGUAGAAACCUCAUUUUGCUCUGCUACACUUAAAGUAUUCAGAGAAGAGCAAGAAUCUGACCUAAGUGACAUGGACAAUGAUGAAGACGAUGAUGAUUUGAUGUGAUCGUCUUACUGUCUCAUCUUAUGUUCUUAUAAAUCUGUACUUUACAUUUAAAUCAAAUAUUUGUUAAUCUAACUUUAUAAUUAUUGAAUACUGUUUGUUUACUAUUAAUUAUUUUAUAUUUUUGAUUUUGAUUGUUAACAUCCUCAAACCGUUUUGCUAUGCUGUAAUUUGUUUUAGAGAGUUUGGGGAGUUUGUGGUAUAUUUGCUUUAUAAAUAAAAUUUUAAAGACAA